AUGGGCAGAAUGAGUGCAGCUUCUCGGUCCAAGAAGGUGGUUCCUUCUUCUCAUCCGAAAUAUGAAGAUAUGAUUCGAGGACAAAGUUAUGAAGAUAGAAUUUAUUGUGUUUCGAAGCCCCCUUUUAACACUUUUCUCACGCUUGUAGAUGCCAUCAUUGCUUUGAAAGAGAGAAAGGGAAGCAGUCGUCACGCAAUCAAAAAACAUAUCUUGGCUACUUUCAAACUUCCUGAUAAUACUGCCACGAAUGCUCGUCUUAAAUUAGCUAUUAAUAGAGGUGUAGAGAAAGGAGUUUUUUCUUUCGUUAAUGGCCCUAGUGGAACAAUUAAGCUCGUUAAAAAGGAACCCAAAUCGACCAGAAAGACUGCUACACCUAAGAAGACAGCCAAGAAGCCGGCAGCGAAACCCAAGAAAUCUGCUGCUGCAAAGAAAACUAAGAAAGCAACGAAGAAAACAGCCGAUAAGAAAACUACAAGGAAGAAGUCUUCGAAUUAA